AGCCAACACAUCACCAGUUCGUCUCUAGUUUAUUAAAAUCCAGAUACCUUGGCUUUUGCUAAAAUGAAGAUUUUGCAGGCUACCCUGCUUUUACUUACGUUUGUGCUUCUGGUAAAGUCAGCACCACCUACUCAACAGAAGUCAUUCAGCGUUUAUGAUCAUGGGGCAGAUAUUUAUGAAGAAAAACUAUCCAAACAAGAUUAUGAAGAUAAGAUCCUGGAUGAGGCAAAAACCCAGGGAAAAAGAAUUGCGAAUGCUGCCCAGGAGAAAAACUUUCAGCUACAAAAAGAUGAAAGUGUAACAGGUCGACCACCAAAAAAAGAAGACAGUGAUAUAGAAAUGCCCACCUGCCUACUCUGUGUUUGUAUAACUGGUUCUGUAUACUGUGAAGAAACAGAUAUUGAUACUGUACCAGCUUUACCAAAGGAAACAGCCUACCUUUAUGCACGGUUCAACAAAAUAAAGAAACUUAAAGCCAAAGACUUUGCAGACAUACCUACCUUAAAAAGGCUUGAUUUUACUGGAAAUCUGAUAGAAGAUAUAGAAGAUGCUACCUUCUCAAAACUAGCAUUGUUAGAAGAACUUUCUCUUGCAGAAAAUAAUCUAAUAAAGCUUCCACUUCUGCCUCCUAAGUUAACUUUAUUUAAUGCAAAAUUUAACAAACUCAAAAGCCGAGGAAUCAAAGCAAAUAUUUUUAAGAAACUAAACAAUCUGUCAUACCUGUAUUUGGAUCACAAUGCACUGGAGUCUGUGCCUGCUAAUUUACCAGAGAGUCUACGUGUAAUUCACCUGCAGUAUAACAACAUAACGUCCAUCACUGAUGAUACAUUUUGCAAAUCUAAUGACACACGUUAUAUUCGGAACCGUAUUGAUGAGAUAAGAAUGGAAGGCAAUCCGAUCAUCUUGGGAAAGCAUCCUAACAGUUUUAUCUGCUUGAAAAUACUACCAGUAGGAACAUAUUAUUAACCAGUUUAAGUAGCUACACAUACAAAUAAGUAUAAAAGCCUCAUUAAAAUAAUUAUCCUUUAAGAAUAUUUUAAUGUAUCCCUUGUCAGCUUUAAACUAUUUAAACUGUUUUGUUUCAAGCUAUCAUACAUGGAAAACUGAACAAAUCUCAUCUGUUUAAAAAAAUGGACUCUAUACAUCCAAACUCUUAAAAAAUAAUGUGAAAUGCUGAAUGUAAUCUAAGAGAAGGGCAUUGUACUAGCCCCCUUAGUUUAUGGUGCAAAUGUAUGCAUCACUAAGGGGCAUAUAAUCACAUCAAUAUCCAAGGCUUGAUAAGUGGGGCUUUCCGAUAUGAAUGAAAUGUGAGCCUGUGUCGGCAGGAUGUACAAGAUAUUAACUGUGACCUGUAGAAAGAUUUUUUUUCCUUCCGUUAUCUCUUUCCUUGUCUUGACUGCCGUCUUAAAUCACGUGGGAAGCCAAAGUAAGAUAAGCUUAAAUCUCUUCCAAAAUACCCGAGAUCGGUCCAUUUUCCCCCAGCAGACCAGGCAGAUCGCCAGGAUGCUAGGACAUUGGGUCGAUCUUCCAGGAACAUGGUUUCUAGAUAUUGUUGAUGUCCUGCAGGACAUUAUAGGAUGCAAAGAUAGGGACAGGCCCAGGGUGAGGCUAUUCCCCAUGCCCCUCACCCCUAGAAAGUACAGUUGAACCUCAUGGACCACCAAGCAAAUGCUCUCUGAAAUAGUCCAAUCCUGGCGUUAGCAUUUUUCUUUUUUUAGUCCAAAACUUAAAAGUUUGCCAUGAUAACUACAAUGUCAACAUUCAUGCCAUUAUCACAGCUGUCAGUUAUAAAUUUAUCAUCUUUACAAGCCUAAUACUUAAAACUUCCCUUUUUCCAAAAGCUUUUUUGUAUCAUUAAAGCAACCUUCAAUUACUAGGUUUAUACUGAAGCCGUAAAAUAUUGUGACACAUGCCUAAGUAAUGCUUUCCACUAGAGGAGGAGAAACAGAACUUUCUCCGCACAAGUCUAGUCUUGUACUCUCAAAAUAGUAGUGCUCUAUUGAUGUAUAGUUAUCCUUUCAUUUUUCCUCACUACUAUCCAUGUGGAAGGCAACCUAUUAGAAGCCUUUCAUACAAAAUUGUUACUAUAUAAAAUUGUGUAUACUUACUAAAAUAGACACUGAAAAAAUAAGUACUGUAACCUUUCUUAAUCCUCACUUCACCAGUUCAUAAUUCUAAUAGGUAUCUUUUUAAAAAACCAGCUAUUACAACGUUGAUUCUCCGCCAGAAUUUAAAAAUAAAGCACAGUCAUGUUUUAAGGCUUUAAAAACAACUACAUAAGAUAGCACAUUUAUGUAGUACUGUGGUGACUCGGAGCAUCGUAAAUAAACCUACGCAAAAUUUUCAAUAGAAAGACAAUCAAUACACUAUUUACAGUCACCUGCUCAUCAUAUAGUAUAACAUGCUAACUGGCUCAAGAAUUUCCAGCUUCCAAUGGGACUUCCAACCAUUCCUGCAAAUGUGGAAUUUUACACAUCCACAUAUUCAUUGCCACUCUAACCUCUAUCGUGAUCUGAUGCAAUUUAUCUCCAAACUAAUUGCUGAGUACUAGAGAAUACGAAAACUUGCACAGUAAAAAUGGUCACCAUCAAAUUACAUAUCACUGUUACCAUAAAUGGGCACCAUCAAACUACAUAUAACUGUUACCUGUAAUUAUGCUUCUUAAAAACGGAAGUCGACGAGAUCACUCAAGUUAGUCAUUUUUAAAUGCUGUCAUAAUGUAACACUUGUAUCUAUUGCUGUAU